CUUGAUUACGCGUAGUUGGCGCGGUGAUUGAAAGGGGAUAAACAAUAUGCCAACAAUACAUGAUGCCUCAGCUUCACAAGUAGGACAGAUUCGACAGUCUCUGCUUCAUUGGUAUGAUCAAAAUCAGAGAUGCUUGCCAUGGAGGGACAUAGUCAUGAAGGAGAAAGAUGUCAAUGUAAAGGCAUAUGCUGUCUGGGUUUCAGAGAUAAUGCUGCAGCAAACCCAGGUGGCCACCGUGGUGGAGUACUUCAACAGGUGGCUUCAACGGUGGCCCACCGUGCAGCACUUGGCCAAGGCUGACGUGGAAGAGAUCAACAAGCUUUGGUCUGGAUUAGGAUACUACUCACGGGCCAAAAGACUCCAUGAAGGUGCUCAAAAGGUGUGUACUGAGCUCGGCGGUCGCGUGCCCGACUCGGCCGAGGCGCUGCUCCGGCUGCCCGGUGUCGGCCGCUACACGGCCGGCGCCAUCGCCUCGAUCGCCUUCGGCCGGCCGGCGCCCGUCGUCGACGGUAAUGUGGUGCGCGUGCUGGCCCGGCUGGACGCCAUUGGCGCCCCCUCUGAUUCCAAGCCGGUGCUGGAGCGACUCUGGUCGACCGCCGGCCGGCUGGUGCCGCCCGACCGGCCGGGGGACUUCAACCAGGCGCUGAUGGAGCUGGGCGCCACCGUCUGCACGCCUCGCGCGCCCAGCUGCGCCGCCUGCCCCGUCCGACAGAUGUGUGCCGCCCACCGGCUCGCCCAGGCGUCGCCUCGGCAAGAUCCGCCUCGGCGGCGCCGAGGCCGGGCCGGGUCGACCGUGGACGACAUCGAGGAGUGCGCCGCCGGCUGCCCGCUCUGCCUGCCGCCCGGACUCUGGGAGGGCGGCGCGGGCGUGCUCAACUUCCCGCGCAAGACCCGCAAGGUGGCGCCGCGCGUUGAGCACACGGCCGUCUGCGUGGUGCACCACGAGCGCCGCCGCUUUCUCCUGGCGCGCCGGCCCGACACGGGUCUGUUGGCUUCGCUCUGGGAAUUCCCGGGCGUGGUGCUGCCGUCGCUGGAGCUCUCUGACGACGAGGUGGACGCUGCCCUGCGCACGCUGCUGCCCGGUCAGCUGGCGCUGCCGCCGCCGGCGCCGCUCCCACCUCUCGGCGACAUAGUGCACGUGUUCAGUCACAUCCGACGGACGUACCGGGCGCGCGCAGGCGGCGUCGGCGGCGACCGCGCAGGACGAGCAGCAGCCGCCGGUGCCGGCCGGCUACAGCGCAGCCCGUUGGGUGACGCGUGAGGAGCUGCUGCAGGCCGGUAUCCCCACCCCCGUCCGCAAGAUUCUGAAGCUGUUCGACGCGGAAGCGGCGUCGCGGCCGGCCAGGCGUCGGCCCGCGCCUGUGACGUCACAGCCGGACGGGAAGCGCCAGCUGACGCUGCGCGCCUUCCUCGACCCCGGCCGGCGUCCGGCUGCCGGGCACGAAUAGGCGGCGGAGGUCGCACGUGUUUUGGACCAGCCCGUCCAAACCACAGGGGCGCCAGUGACAGGGCAGGGACGGAUCGUCAGACCUGGUCACAGGCCGUCUCAGAUCGGCGCUGGUUGUGCGCAGUUGCGAAGGCAGGUGCUGGUGCUGGGGUCACGCGGCUGCUGCGCGACUCAAACACGUGCUAGACGUGUCAUUCGUAUUGCCCUCUUACGCUAGUGCACGUGUCUAGCCGCACGUCCUCAGGCGCUGUGGGACGUUAGCUUGUACCUGAGUACGACCGUCGUUUUGUAGACCUUUUACUAGAGCAUGGCGUGCUAAAUACACCCGACGGAUCAUA